AUGUCUGAGUUCAGUGAGAGAAACCCUUCUCCUGGUCGACUUCAUGUCUCUGCAGAACCUCUGAUGGAGCAGAUGGAAGAGAAGCAGGAGAAGUGUGACAUUCUUUCACUUGGAGAACUCAUGUUCCAGUUCAAUUCCCCUGGUGUCCCCCACGAUGAGACUGAAACUCAGCUUAAAACUGAGCAGACCUCGUCUUGUGAACCGGCAAAGAACCAGGAACCAGCCCCUCAGAGCUGCUUGAACCAGGAACCAGCUCCUCAGAGCUGCUUGAACAAGGAACCAGCUCCUCAGAGCUGCUUGAACCAGGAACCAGCUCCUCAGAGCUGCUUGAACCAGGAACCAGCUCCUCAGAGCUGCUUGAACAAGGAACCAGCUCCUCAGAGCUCCUUGACUAAACCUGGCCCUAAGAAGAAGAGGAAGCAGAAACCAGCCAAGAAUCUGCAGGGUGGGCUUGAAGAGCCAAAGACCCCGAUAAAAAGCUUUUCCACAAGCGAACGAGGAAAGUCUCCCCCAAUUGCGCCUGCACAGGCCAGUUUAUCCAGCACCGAGACUCAGCAGAGAUCACCUGACGAGCCCAUCAGUGGAAACAAGUCCACCCUGGAGGAUCUGCCCUUAGUGAAAGGGGACGAUAUAAAGUGUCUUCUCACAUCCUUCUGGGAGAACCUGCAAGCUGAAGACGUCAGUGAGCAGAAGACCAAGGCCAAGAUGGAGCACAUGUUCAAGGACCUGAUCUGUGUGUCGGCCAAUGAGGUCCUCAGGGCGUUAGUGACCAGGAAGAGUCUGUAUGAAUGUUCCCCUGGUAAGGUUCAGGUGUCGCAGACAGGAGUCAAAGGUUCACUCAGCCCCGUCUUUAGAACCUUCAUCAAAACUCCGUCUACAGAAGAGUUCAUCGCUCUGGACAGAGUCAUAAAACUCCUCAGUACAGAAGUGGCUCUCACGGUCAACUCUGUGCUGAAGGACAACUGUGGCUUUGAGCGUGUUUCUGCUGGUGGAGGAGAAGGACUAUUCCACACCACGGAGAACCCUGCGCCACAUCGCUGCUAA